UGCCCGUCUCUUCUUCUUCUUCUUCAUCUUCGUCUUCUCUCUCCACAGACAUCAAAUUCCCUUUUUGACUAAAGUUACGCGACCUCCUCUUUUUUUUUCCUAAGUGAAUCUUACUUCUUCUUCUCGCCAAGAUCAAAAUUUCCUCUUACUGGGAUUCUUCUUAUUUUCUCUCUAAUUCGCUUGGUUUUUUUUUGUUUCCUCUGGUUCGUGGUCUGAUCAAGUUCCAUCCUUUUUGUUGUUGUUCUCCGUUUUAACUGGUUUUGGGAGAGAUGGGUUUAGAUUCUGUCAAAGUUAUGGAGAAUUGGCAAUCGAAGACAUCUAAUGAGAGUGAUAAGAAGAAGAAGAGGAGGAGGAAGAAGAAGAACAAUGUCAGAAACACUGAACAUGUAGACGAAGAAGAAGAAGAAGCUAAUGGGUGUUGGGUCAAAUUUAGGUUUAUAGUCUGUUGCGUUUCUUCAGCCUCAGACGUUGAUAGCUCUCUCAGUCUCUCUACAAGCACUGCGGGAAGUCAGUCCGCAAUUGUGAAAUCAAAUGACCAACCGGUUGGCCCUGUCUCUUCUACCACUACAACUAGCAAUGCAGAAAGCUCUUUGUCCACUCCAAUGAUAAGUGAAGAACUUAAGAUCUAUUCUCACUUAAAGAAGUUUACUUUCAUUGAUCUCAAGUUGGCUACUAGAAAUUUCAGACCCGAAAGUCUUCUCGGAGAAGGUGGCUUUGGUUGUGUCUUCAAAGGGUGGGUCGAGGAGAACGGAACUGCUCCUGUUAAGCCUGGUACUGGGCUCACUGUAGCCGUCAAAACCUUAAAUCCUGAUGGACUUCAGGGUCAUAAAGAGUGGCUUGCUGAGAUUAAUUAUCUCGGUAAUCUUCUUCAUCCCAAUCUUGUUAAACUGGUGGGUUAUUGUAUCGAAGAUGAUCAAAGGCUACUGGUUUAUGAGUUUAUGCCUCGAGGAAGUUUGGAGAAUCACCUUUUCAGAAGGUCGUUGCCUCUUCCGUGGUCAAUUCGGAUGAAGAUUGCCUUAGGUGCUGCAAAGGGUCUCAGUUUCCUUCACGAAGAAGCUUUAAAGCCGGUUAUUUAUCGAGAUUUCAAAACCUCAAAUAUUUUACUGGAUGCAGACUACAAUGCUAAAUUAUCAGAUUUUGGGCUUGCCAAAGAUGCUCCUGAUGAAGGCAAAACUCAUGUGUCUACUCGCGUCAUGGGCACUUAUGGUUACGCUGCUCCCGAGUAUGUAAUGACCGGUCACUUGACAUCAAAAAGCGAUGUCUACAGUUUCGGUGUGGUUCUUCUUGAAAUGCUGACUGGUAGAAGAUCUAUGGACAAAAACCGACCAAAUGGUGAACACAACCUCGUUGAAUGGGCGAGACCGCAUCUCCUGGACAAAAGAAGAUUCUACCGGGUUCUUGAUCCGAGGCUAGAGGGUCAUUUCUCAGUUAAGGGAGCACAAAAAGUGACUCAGCUUGCAGCACAAUGCCUUAGCCGUGACUCCAAAAUAAGACCCAAAAUGAGUGAAGUGGUGGAAGUCCUUAAGCCUCUCCCACACCUCAAGGACAUGGCUAGCGCUUCUUAUUACUUCCAGACUAUGCAAGCUGAACGUUUGAAAGCUGGGUCUGUGUCUGGGUCAUCGGGUCGUGGAUUCGGAUCAAGAAACGGGCAACCACCAGUGUUUCGGACAUUGUCUAGUCCUCAUGGUCAAGCUGGUUCGUCGCCUUAUCGUCAUCAGAUUCCGUCUCCUAAGCCUAAAGGUGCAACUACUUAGAUUGGCUCUUUAUUGUGGACGCAAGCAAACGUCUUUUUUAACCGAUGUAAAACCGAUAUUCUUAACCGAUUUUAAGAAGGGAAAUUAAGGUUGUUCCGAAGAAGAUCCGAAGUUGUGUAUGUGACCUCAUGUUUCUUCGUCUGUUGUGUACUCUUGAACAAAUCUCUGCUAGGGUAAUAUUGUCAUUAUGUAUUAGUCGUUUUGAAUCGCUUCACCAGCACGCAACCACUUCUUCAAUGUAAGAUAUCAAGAAUGGUAUUGGAAAAUGUGGGUGAGAGACA